AUUUGUUUGCGGAAGUUGAAGCGGUUGGAAAGAAUCCAUAGAAGUAGUAACUCUUCCCUUGAGCGUAAACAGGGAUACGGAGUGGUUCACCUGCGGCGUGAUGCCAACAUGCAGACGGAUGAAGAUGAGUUUCAUCCUCAAAACGACUUUGUGAAGACUUCCGGGAGUUUUUGCGUGCUCGUUGGAGUGACUGGAAGCGUUGCUGCCCUGAAACUUCCCGUUUUAGUCUCUGAACUUCUUCAUCUCCCCGGGGUGGAUGUAAGAGUGGUCACCACUGAACAUGCCCAGCAUUUCUAUAAGCCUGAAGAAGUUCCCGUAAAAGUUUAUAGUGACAAAGAUGAGUGGGAGAUGUGGAGUGAGAGAUCUGACCCGGUGCUACACAUUGAGCUCAGACGCUGGGCGGACCUGCUCGUCAUCGCCCCCCUGGAUGCAAACACGCUCGGAAAGAUUGCUAACGGCAUUUGCGAUAACCUGCUGACGUGCGUGGUGAGAGCCUGGGAUACGAGUCGCCCCCUCCUCUUCUGCCCUGCGAUGAACACCGCUAUGUGGCAGCAUCCCAUCACAGCCCAGCAAGUACACAGGCUGAAAGAGUUUGGCUACGUAGAAAUCCCCUGCAUUGCGAAGAAGCUGGUGUGUGGAGACAAAGGCAAAGGCGCCAUGGCAGAGGUGUCGACUAUCAUCACUGUUAUCAAGCAGUACCUUCAGCAAACCAGUGGGCCAUCUCCACAAACAUGAACAGCAGGCAACACUUUGACUGACUUGUAUCGUUUCACCCAAAGUGAAACCUCAUUGUUUGUUAGUUCCUCUUUUUACUCACUGUUGGUGUUUUUUUUUUCUUUUCUUGUACAUCCAUUCAUCCAUUUUCUGUACCACUUAUCCUAACAAAGGUUUCCGUGUGACCUGGAGCCAAUCCGUGCUGACUUCAGGUGAGGGUCUGUCUACACCAUAAACUGGUUGCUAGCCAUUCGCAGGGCAUGUAUUAACUAACAAUAAAUCCCGUUCACGUUCAGACCUACGGGCCAGAAAAACAUGCUAACUCCCCAGAGAAGUACCAGAUAAAGCUCCAUGAAGUUAUAUUUUUCUUCACAUAUACAAUGUCAUUCGGAAGAAAUUUGACAGUUUAAGUUAAGACGACGUUAUUGUUGGAACCUGAGAAUGUUUUCCCCCAAGGUGGCCUUUAUCUGCUAUCGGUUGGGGCGUAUCUCAGUCCUCGCCUCCCUAAACGACCUGACGCUCCCACUCAUCAGCACACAGAGUUGCAUUGUUGAUUUCCGUACAUGGGAAGGGAACACUGUGCGUACCGAGUGGGUGCAGAAUACAAUGCACACAACAUUCUUUGAGCAAAACUACUGAUUAAACCUUUGAUUGAGCAAUGUUUAACGAUUUCUGUGUUGUAGUCAGUAGCUUGUACAUAGACUAGAUUGGAGAGGCCUGAUGGGAUAAAGUGCAAUUGUUAGGCAGCAUCCAGUUUUAUUUUUUCCCCAAUAAAAUAAAUGUAUCAUGCGCUUUCUCUCCUGGCUGACCACGAGAUGCUUGAAAGUGGCCACGUCAACGAACUAUCCAAAGGGAAGACACAUUUUCUGGACAUAGGCAUAGCUAGCAAGCUAACCGCAUGUGGGAAAGACGCAUUUUCAGGACAUGGGCAUAGCUAGGUAGCUAGCCGCAUGUAGCAAUUGUAGAGAACAAAGGCUCUCAAGUUCUUUUAUAAUGGGGAGGGGCAACUCCUGCAGACUAGCUGCCUACCACAGAAGCUGUUAACCCUCAGAAAAUUGUCUCAUUUUGAUCCAGCUUUGGGUCUGCAAGAUCUCGUUUCUGGGUGUCUCUUUGACACUUUUUUCGUGAUGGCCUGUCUGUCUCUCUUUCAUUCUUAAUGAACUGCCUCUUGUAUUAUAUAUUGUAACACUACCCUGUGAUCUUGCUGUGCGUAUUCCCAUUCAUUCAGGUCACGCGUUCCUCUACGUUAGGUAAUAAAUAGUUGGUUGGGUUUCUUUCCACACUAACAGCUGUUCUAUGUAGCCUUGGCGCAUUAACGGAUGAAAGCUCAGAUGACAAGCGAAACAUCUCCCAAGACAGACAGAACAGUCCAAUUACUAUUUAAUACUCUGAGACUCUUCAAAUAAUUCUUUCAAGGGAAGUGGGGUUCAUAUUGGGUCAGCUACCAUGAACUACCAUGAACACUUUUCAUUAUUAAGUGACACACAUCUGUUGUUGUUUUUUUUUUUUUUUUUAAAUUCCUAUUGGGUUAGGAAGGUCCAUAAAGGGGGUUAUUGCAAAAAAAAAAAAAAAGUUUGGAACCACUGGACUAGGGAAUUGUACUAGUGUUCCAAAGCUACUGGUCUGCUGACAGAGGGUGUUGUAAGUAUUGAAGACAAGUUGGGACAUUUGUAGGAAUUGGUAGCGCCGACAUUCAAGGUUUAAUCAGCCUCUAUUGCUGCAGAAACGCUUUGAGUUAUCAACGUAUCUCUUGUUCUCUCUAAAAGUAAUUUUGAAAUAUACAUUAUUUGUUGGAUGUUUUGUGUUUUUUUUUUUUUUUUAACCCCUGGCAGUGUACAAUUUCAAGCUAUUCAAGUGAUUUGAAGUGCUCAACUUUAAAUGGAAAAUUGGGAGAAAUUGGGAUAUUCUCAAACUUUUGACCAGUAACUCCAUCAGCUCCGCAGCCCAAUCUCUUAUCUCUGAACACGACUCUGGACGGCCUGUGUUAUGAACACUUGGCACCUGACUUUGAUUACUACUCAGUGUAUGUUCUGCGCUGUAACAAUAUUUGCCAUUGGUUAUUUAUCGAUUGUGUGUUGUGAAAUAAAUGAUUCAGUUCCUU